CCCUGUCAGGAUUCUGUGAGUCUUAGAUCGAGUCAGUAAGUUGUCAGUCAGGGGUUAGAGUCUACGUGGUGAGGUUUGAAACCGUUAAUCCGGUUGUGCACUGAUCACCAUGGUUGACACCCGAAGUGGGAAGAGCACUAGCCCCUAUACCCAGGAACAACAAGAGAAGAUGGCCGCCUUAGUGAGAGAAAAUAAGGAGAGGAAAGAGCUCGAGAAACAGGCGAAGUUAAAGACAAUCGCAGAGGAGCAGGCGGCGAAGAUGAGGAAAUUGGAGGAGGAGAUGAAGAGAGUUCAGCAGGAAGAGGAAGAGAGGAGAAAGGUUGUUGAAGAGGAAGCAGCAGCAGAAGAAGAAAAAAAGAGAAUGCGUAUUGAAAGUAGGGAGGAGAGUAGUGGCACGAAGAGGGAUGAGGACGCAGAGAUGGAGAAAAAGAUAAGUGAGUGGAUCGCUAAUUUAUCGUUGGGGGAAGACGAGGAGGCGAAGUUUUAUGUGCCUCAGGAUGAGAGGGAUGCGUUAGCCAGGGAGUUAGCGGCAAUGGAAGACCCUCUGGAACGGAGGGAAAGAGAAGAAGAAAAGAAGUUGGAGUGGAAACUGAGGAUGAAGAGGGAGAAGAAGAGGAGGGAUGAAGCUAAUAGAUUGACCGCAGAAGUGGCAAAAUUGAAGGACUGCAGACAAGAAAUGGAGGCGCAGACGGAUAUGUCUGCCAAGAUGGAUAAGGUGUUGGGGUAUGUAGAGUUGUUGAGUGCAGCCUGGAUGGGGGAGCGCCAGGCCAGCAGGAGCCAAGAGAUAGCACUGAGUGCCAUGCGGUUAGGAUUUAGAGACUCCGUGCGCGAUAUGGUUACCCACGUUGGAGGAGAAGUUAGGAGAUUGAGAGACAGCGUGGGCAAGUUCUGCGAGGGCGCCAUCGAAGGUGCCAAGGCAAUAGCCGCUGUAGAGGGUGAAGUCAGGCCCCGUAAGGAGCCUGUUAAGCUUAAAUUCCCAGAUGCCUAUGGAGGGAAGAAGGAGGAGAAUUUUGAUAACUGGGAGGCGAGCGUCAACAACUACGGUUAUUUACAGCACAUCUUGACUGAGGAGCAAGUCCUCGUCGCCUUCCAAGCCCUUAAAGAUAAAGCGACCAGUUUUGCCAGAUCUCUUGCGCGCGCAGCAGGUUGUGAAAACAACCUGGUUGCAUACUCUAAAGUCACUCCCCUUCCUCAAUUCUUCAAGCUCCUGAGGGAGCGAUUUGUUGAUCCAACGAGAGGCGUCAGGGCCUCUGAUAAGUUACAGACGAUGCACUCACGGCAGUGGAGGAGUGCAACAACACUCAAGGGCGUUAUGGACGACUUGGUAGCCAUCCCAGACCACGGGCUCACUGAGCCCCAGUUGGUCCAGGUAUUUUACCGUGCCAUGCCAGAGCCUUUGCGGCGACUUCAUUCACCCACGCGUGGUGAAAGAAGCCCGCUUACCCACGACAGGUCUCCGACUCCCAUCUCCGUUACCCUAGGGGAUGACAAGACCCAGUGCUUCUUCGAUCAGACGGUCACCGACCUCCCUUUCUUCCUCACUCUCGAGCCGACUGAUCGUCCCCCGGCGUCUCGUCGCCACCGCUCCUCUGCACAUUUCGAUGUGAUGGAGACGGAGUACGACUUCAUUCUCGGCACUCCGUGGUCUCGUCGGUUCCGCAACACCGAGGCCGAUUGGGUGACCAACACUCUCGUUCUCAAAACGAAGUGUGGACAGACGUAUCGCGUACCUUUCAUAGGUACCACCGCGACACCACGCCCGGAUCCUCCUCCCCCGGAGCGUUCCGUGCCCACACCAUCUCCUUCUAUCGCUGUCACCUCGCCUCGGCAGUUCGCCCACUUCAUCCGACAGGACGACGUCACCUUCUUUAUGGUGAACGUGACGGAUCUCUUACACUAUGAUCCACCCUGUCCCGACGCCGAGCUCAUCCCUCUGGAGCCAGAUCCUCCUUCUAUCUCCAUGGCUCCCAUCUCUACUUCCGUCCCUCCGCCGUCCGUCGAGUCCACUCCGUCGUCGCGCGCUGACGUUGACGCUGAGGAACUCGCAAGAUAUACGACUCGCAUGGCAGCACGUGCGAACCGAUCGAGGAUGGACCACCCAUUCAAAGUCGGUGAUGACGUGCUUAUCGACGCCCGCCACUUACAGCUCGAAGCGGACACGCUUCGCAAGUUUCGGCGUCGCUUCUUUGGCCCAUGCCGCAUCCUCCAGGCCGUCGGUUCUGACACGGCAUCUAGCCCGGUCAGCUUCCGUGUGAAGCUGCCCGACUACCUACGCCAGGCUCGGUUGCACGAUGUCUACCACGUCUCGUUACUGCGUCCUUACCGCAGACCGUCUGAGCGUUUCGCUGGACGACCAUACGAGCGCCCUCCACCCAUCAUGGUGGAUGGCCACGAGGAGUUCCUCGUUUCAGACAUCAUUGGUCGCCGAGUCACCGACGACAACCCUCCCCACGUCGAGUAUCUCGUACGUUGGAAGGGUUACCGUGAUGAGGAGGCUACCUGGGAGCCCCUCGAGCACUUGCAGCACGCUCGCAUGUUGGUAUUGGAGAAAUUGAGGGAGUCAAACUUCAAGAUCAACUCGAAGAAGUGCAAGUGGGCCAAGACACAAGUCGUGUACUUAGGCCACGUGUUGGACGGAGAUGGCAUUAAGCCAGAGGACAGCAAAAUAGCGGCAAUUAGAGACUGGCCAACGCCCGACACAUUGACAGAGUUGCAGUCGUUUUUAGGCCUAGCUAACUACUAUAGGCAGUUCGUAAGAAACUUCUCUACUAUUGCCGCUCCCUUGCGCAAGUUGCUUAAGAAAGAGGCAAUCUGGCAAUGGGACAAAGAUUGUACGUCUGCGCUAAAGAGACUGAAGCGCGCGUUAAUAGAAUACCCUGUCCUCAAAGUAGCUGAUCCGUCCUUGCCAUUUGUCAUCACCAUGGACGCGAGUCAGUAUGGAAUAGGGACCGUGUUGCAGCAAGACGACGGCAACGGCUAUAGACCCGCAGAGUUCAUGUCAGCGAGGAUGCCCUCAAAGAAGGUUGCCACCUCGACGUUCAAGAGAGAACUCUACGCUCUCAGGCAGGCUCUAGAGCACUGGAAGCAUUACCUGCUUGGGAGGCACUUCAAAGUGUAUUCUGACCAUGAGACGCUUAGAUGGUUAAAGACUCAGGCCAAGAUGACACCUAAGUUGACUAGGAGGGCCGCAGAGAUAGACCAGUAUGACUUCGAGCUCAAGCCAGUGAAGGGCAAGUACAACGUACAGGAGGCAGCACAGGCAGAACGUCAGCGGCUGGCCAAUGAGGCGGCAGCCCAAGCUCAGCAGACUGCUGAGGCUGACGCAGCGGCACGAGACAGACGGAAUGCUGCCAGCACGAAGUCCCUGACUCAACAUGAGAGUCAGUGGACAACACUACUCGAAGGCAUGUUCUUUGUGCCUACGGAAGCACAGGCGGCUCCGACACAGGCGGAGGGAGAGAGAAGUAACCUGGCUACCCUGAUGUUGAGCGCGAUGAGGGGAGUAAUGUGGAACAACAAACUGCUGCAGGCACACCUGCUCGCAGAACGACAACAACGACAGCAACAUCAGCAAGAGAUGGCUGCUUUGACGGCCGCCGUCCGCGACACAGCAAUGCAGCAGCAGCACCAGCAACAGCUCUUGAACUCUACUCUCGCACGCAUCAAUGACAUCGAGGCUAAGACCUCAGCAGCGCCAGGCUGCACGACGGACGCGACGAAGCAGCUCAACAAGCUCAACAAGAUCAGCAGCACGGUGGCCGCCAUGAAGACGAGCAUCACCAAACUGCAGACAAGACCGGACGCCGCUACAAAGAAUUACAAGAUGCCGCACUUCGACAUCAGCAAGUUCGACGACUACAACAAGUCGGACGCCUUGACAUGGUGGCAACGCUUCCUCACGGAAGUAGCAUGCCGCACUGUCCCGGCUGACGACAUGAUGAAGGCGCUUUACUUACAACUGAUUGGAGGAGUGCAGGCCUGGAUGAACCAUCUGGCGGCUACCAACAAAUGCACCAUCGCCGAACUCCACACGCACAUCCCGUGGAAGGAGUUCGAGAAGCUAUGGUUCACUUGGUUCAUGGUCCGCAACGUCGUGAAGGCGGCCAUGAACGAGGUGUACACCUGCUCUCAAGGGAAUAUGCCAACUCGAGACUGGACAACCAAGUGGCAAAAGAAAGUGACCACGCCAAGUUUCGAUUUGAGUUUUACGAACCAACGAUCCGAGUUCUUCUCGCGAUCGUGCGUAGGACUGCGAACCGCACUCGGCAACGAGUACGAUUACGCCUCAUUCCAGGCCAUCCUGGAUCGUGUGAACUUGGUCAUCCAAACGGAUGACAAGGCCGCAAACGAACGGCAGUCCCAACCGCAUUAUGUGGCUAAGCCGGGCUAUCAACGACCGACACAUAAUAAUGUCGUGAUUUCUGACGAAACAGUCGAUCUCCACGCUGCAGCAGCAUCCUCGACUGAUGGAGGAAUUGUAGCAGCGCUCCCGCCGAAGCGUCCCAAGAGAGUUCGGAAGAACAAGGCGACACAAGAGACGGCAUCGACGGGAACUGGGCAGCAGCCAUGGACGGCAUACAAGAUCACCAAGGAAAUCUAUGACCUUCGUCAACGAGAAUUGAAGUCGCGUGUGACGUGGGACAGACUACGCGCAUUGGUAAGGCGUAAAGAGUCAGCGGAGGUGAUUGUGGAGGCUGCAAAAGCACUUGUUAACCAGGAGUAAGUACAGGUACAAGAUUUACAUUUUUGAAGAUUUAACUUGUUUGAAGUUAGAAAUCAAUUUAUUAGGGACUGCCUUAGAAAAGGUUUUACGUUUUCGGCCAAGGAGAAGGCUGAAAGCAUGUCAGUCAAUCUCCCUUUGUCUGUGGCAGAUGUUGAAUCAUGAGCAGUGAGCGGGUUGUUUUUUCAGGUGUUUGCUUUUCUUGGUUAGCAUCCGCUUCCUCUACCUGCUACUCAGCAGCUACUGUUUCUUCUCUGAGAAGCCUCCAUACCUCCACCCCUCCUUAUUGUCCGCUGUCUCCAUGGUGACCCUGAUGCUUCCCGUGGUCCAUCCACACCACCUCUCUUUCAUUGUCUGGAGGGUUGCCUCUGUGAGUCAGUGUCUGCCUCUCCCAUUCCAUGUAUGAGCCACAGGAGCUUUUCAGGCUCUGCAAGGAUAUGCUGGAAAGCUGUACACAGCUUGGAGGGUAUCUGUGAGUGGGGAGUGCUGUACUACAGUGACAGUUUGCACUUUGCAGUGUGAGCUUCUUUUGCACAACAAAUACAAUCAGUUUUG